AGCAUCUGGACAAGAAGUUCUUGGAUGAAUUUGCACUAAAUGAAGCCAAUGGGGGUUACAUGCUGAAAUCCAUUUUCCAUUAACUUCUCCCUAGCUAUAAUGAGAUCAGCUGUUUCAAGGGUAAUUCCAAAUCGUGUACAGCAGCUGAGGAGAGACGUGAGCUGCAUCCACUUUUAGGCUGCAGUGAUGAAGACGCUUCAUCAGAUGAAGAGACCAUAACUCAACAAGUGCUUCCAGGAUCCCGAGGAAAUGGACCGGCAUCCUCACAGGAAGAAAGAAUCCGUGAUUAUUUUGCAUCAAAUCAAGACUCUUGCUGUUUUAAUGCUGGUAUUACAAUGGGAUAUUCUUACUGUGUUGUGUGGAAUGUUGUUUAGUAAAAGAAAUACCCAGUUAAUGGUUGGAUUCUGGGGUCACAACUGCAUAGAGGUGUCCUUGCUGAAACAGAGGUUCCAAGAUGGUCAGGCAGACACUGAAACGCCUGAUCUCAAUACCUGUUUGGAAGAAGAAAAUCCAAGUCCAGUCCAUGCUGUGGAACCUGGAAGCAGCGAGGUUACUGAAGAUUCUGUUAUGACACUGGAUGCUCUUAAUCGGAGAGUGAACCCCCAAAGAAGCUCGCUGCGUUAUUACAAGGAGAUGAUGCGGUCAUGUAAGGAGCACUGUGCCCAGUUACCGAGUGAGAAGGAGGCGCUUCAGGAACAGCUUGAAGAGAGGCUUCAGGAGCUGGAGAAAAUCAAAGACCUUCAUAUGGCUGAGAAGAGUGAACUGAUGACACAGCUGCGUGAUGCAAAGAAUUCAACUGAGCAGCUAGUACAGGACAAGGGAGCUGAGAAGGUAGUCAAAGAGGAACUUGAGCAACUCAAGGAAUCAUUGGAAGAGAAAGACGGGCAUCUGGAGGAACUGAAAACACGUGAACAGAAACUAAAGGAAUCUGCAGAACAAUCUGAAGCUGAGCUUGUCCAAGCGUCUGCAAAGCCAGAGGAGCUUUCAGAGUCUCGUGAGAGCCCCUCUAAUGAGCAGGCAGAGACUUAUGAAGAGAAAUUAGCAAAGCUGCAGCAAAAACUGACGGAUCCUGAAGGCGAAAAACUGCAAGUUGGUGAAGAGCUACCAAGAACUGAAUCCCAGCCGAAUGAAGUCAAGAGCGAGUUAGAGGCGUACAUCUCUCAGGUGCAUGACCUGAAGCAGCACUUGCAAGAGCAGAGCACUGAAAAUGCACAAAAAGUAACCUCUUUAACACAACAAUAUGAAUGUCAACCUAAGGCUCUACAAAGAGAGGCUGAUGAGAUAAAAGGAAGUGUGACUGAGAAAGAAAAUGAAAUUGAACACAUGAAGAAGCUACACAACAAGCAAGUGGAAGAGCUUAAACAGAAACUGUUAGCUGCAGAGGAGAGAAUUACUGCUCUACGAGGAGAAUAUGAAAGUAAACUAAAGCAUCAGGAGAACAAAAUGGAGAAAAUUAAGCAGAAAUCAAAAAACAUGCAGGAAACUUUUGAGAAUAAACUUACUGAGCAGGAAGCUAAACUGAAAGUAGAGCUUGAAAACAAGCAGUUGGAAUUCAGCCAGAGAGAAAGUGAAUUCAAUGCUAAAAUACUGGAAAUGGCACGUGCCUGCUCAGCCAGCAUCAGUGAUGCUGUGUCAAAAGUGGAAUCUAAUCAGAAAGAGCAACUGGACAGUCUUGUUGAGGCUCAUAGGCGAGAGUUAGAAGAAGUUACCCAGAGUUGGGAAAAGAAACUCAGUCAGCAGGUUGAAGAGCUCCAAGAAAAACAUGAAAUGGAACUGCAAGAGAGAGAGCAGGAGGUUGGAGACCUGAAACAGAAACUUGCUGCCUUCAGUGCUGAGAGGGAGAGCUCCAGAACAGAAGUAACCCGACUGAAGGAAGAAGAGGUGAAAAGGGAGGAGUCGCUGAAGGAAUUGCAAGAACAACUAAGGCAGUCAGAAGCUAAGGUGGAUGUUUUGUCAGAUAAGGAAAGUGAUCUGAAAACGCAGUUGAAAAAAUUGGAAGAUGAUCUUAAUCACUCCCUGAAAGAGAAGUCAAGACUUCAAGAACAGCUCAAUAAACAGAAGGCAGUUGAGGAAGAGGACAAAGCCAAAAUUACUGAGCUGGCCAAUACACUGCAAACACUUGAAGAGAAACUCCGGGCUAUGCAGUCUUCUCAGUAUAAAGAUCAUGAAAAUUAUAAGAAGAACAUAGAGGCAAUUCAGCUAAAGGAAACUGAGCUUAAAAGGCAAGAAGGAGAACUUGCAGUCCGGUUAGAUUCUUAUUGGAAGAAUGCGGAAGCUUCAGUGCGAACAGAAAUCAAUGAAUUAAUUGAAAAAUGUAAUGCAAAAAUUGCCCGAGUAAGAUGCAAAAUUGCAGACUGCGAGCACCAAACUGCAAAACUAACAGAGCAUCAUUCUGUUGCAAGUACUUCUUUGCAAGAGUCAAAGCAACAGCUACAAGAGAAGGACAAUUUAAUUAUGUCCAUGAGAGCUGACACUGGAGGACUUGUAGCAGAAAAGGAACAAUUGCAGAAGGAGGGAGGGCAUCAGAAGGAAGCGGCAUCAGAAAAAGAAACUCACAUAACACAGCUGAGGAAAGAGUUGUCUGAAAAUAUCAAUGCUGUCACCUCAAUGAGGGAGGAACUCCAGGAAAAGGAAUCCAAGAUCUCUGCUCUCAACAAAACAAUUGAUGACCUUAAUGUUAGACUUGAAAGCAUGAUAAGUUUAGCGGAGAAGGAAGCAGCCGUGAGUCUGUUAAGCAGGCAACAUCGAGAGGAUCAGUUGCUAUUGUUAAACCAGAUAAAGGAGUUAUCGUCCAGAGUUGAGACGCUGACUCAAGAAAAAGCAUCUGCUCUUGAGCAGGUAGAUCAUUGCACAGCCAAGCUGUCGGAGUGGAAGAUGAAAGCACAAACCAAGUUUACCCAAAAUCACGAUACUAUUACAGAUUUGCAGUGCAAACUUGAAUUAAGCAAUACUGAAGCCAAUAAAAAAGACAAAGAGCUAAAUAACUUGAAGGAGCAACUGGCUAAACAAAGCAAGAAUCUGGAUAGUUUAAAAAGUGAAUUGGAACAAAAGCAAAGCAGGACGAAAAAACAAGAAAGUGAAUUUUCUGCAAAGUUAAAAAAACAAACAGCAAGAAUUGCUGAAUUAGAAGAACACGUUGCUCAGAAAACUUCUGAAAAUGAUUCCUUGAUGGAGGAACUUAAAAAGUACAAUGUACAAAAGGAAACGGAACAAAAAGAGAUAGCUUGGCAACUGCAGCAGGCAGAGAAGGUGGCUUUUGAGAAGGACAAUAGGUUAAAGGAGGCUGAAGAAAAAGUACUUAAUCCUAAGAAGCAGAUAGUGUCACUGAGAGGUGAAUUUGAAGCAAAGGAGAGGGAAUUUGAUCAAAUGAAAUCAGCGAUGCUUAGAAGCAAAGAGGAAGAACUGAAAGAAUUAGAAGGGAAACUAAAUGCCAAGAAGAGUACGCAGCUGGCAGAUCUGGAAAAGAAAGCAGAGCAAAAAAUUGUUUCUAUUAAAAAGCGAUUGAUGUCUCAGAUGGAAGAAAGGGAACGGCAAUUUAAGCAGGACAGAGAAAAUCAGCUCAGAGACUUGGAAAAACAAGUGCCAGAGAAAGAGGCCAAAACUGAGUCUUUGGAAGAAAAAAUUAAGUCAACGAGAAAUUCCGUGGUACUGGAGAAAGAAAUGCUGCAAAAAGUAGAGAGUGUAAAAGCUGCUGUAGAAGAAGAAAAAAUGAAAAUGCUUGAGAACCUCCAACAGACAUAUGAAGAGAAAAUGCAGGUGUUACAGCGGGGCUUAACAGAAAAAGAUGAGUUGUUGCAAAAAUACGAAAAGAAACAAGAAGAGAGUAAGGUCAGUCACCUAGAACUGCAAAACAAACAGCAAGAGCUCCUUGAAAAAUUGGCAUGUCUUGAGAAGAGCCUGCAAGAGGAGCAAAGUAGGACUGAAAGCCUCAGGAAAGAACUUGAGCAGCAAGCCAAAAAAUACUCACUAUUAGUGGAGGAGCAUAUUCGUUGUGGCAGUGAUUUAGCAAGCACUAGGGAGGAAUUAAAAGCUAAAGAACAAACACUUCAUGGCAUAGAGGAUGUAAUUGGAGAUUACCAGCAAAAAAUGCAGGAAAAGGAGGCAUUCAGUCAGUCUUUAGAGCAGAAGCUAAAAGAGUUGGAAGAUGUAGUGAAGGAAAACGAAGCGCAGAAGAUUGCAAUGGAAGAAAAGAGAUUGAGAGACGAGGAAAAGCUAAGAAGUUUACAGCAACAGUUGGAUGAAAGAAAUGACAAUCUGAAAACUUUUGAGGAGAAUGCUGAAGGCAAAGCUGCAUCUGUUUUGGAGCUGCAGAAGUUACUAAGCGAUAUGCAGAACCAGGAGAAGGACUUGCAGGCUAAAGUGAAAGAGACUGAAAGGGAGAAAAACAAACUACGCAAAGAAGUGAGUAAUCUUCAAAAAGACUUACGUACUCUGCGAAAAGAACAUCAGCAGGCGCUGCAGUUGGCAAAGGAGGAGUACUUAGAAGAAAUGAAGAAGAAAAUCAGAUGUGAACAAGAAGACAUUGAGUUAAAACACAACUCCGCCUUAAAGCAGUUAAUGAUAGAGUUCAAUACCCAACUGGCUCAAAAAGAAAAAGAAAAGGAAAUGGCAGUAAAAGAGACGAUCAGUAAAGCCCAGGAGGUAGAAGCUGAGCUGAUAGAAAAUCAUCACAUAGAGACAAUACAAUUACACAAAAAGAUUGCUGAAAAAGAUGAUGAUCUAAAAAGAACUGUGGAAAAAUUUGAAGAAAUCCUUGAGGCACAGCUUGCAAAGAAGACAACAGUAGUCAAUGAUUCAAAACGGAAAGAGCAGGAAUUGAAGGAGCAGAUUCAUGUACUGGAAGACCAGCUGAAAAAGUAUGAGAAGAAAAUGUACAUCACGUCAGUUGGAACACCGUACAGAGGUGCGUAUCCAACCAGAGUAGAAAUUGUGGAUGUGAUCAUGAUGAUUUUACAGCUUACAUACACCUAUCAGGUAUUGUUUGGCCUAGCAGUAGAUGUCCCUGCGCAAGCUGUUCCUCUUGUAGUAUUGACAAAUGAUAAUGUUGGGCAAAUACAAUGCCCCAGACCCGUCAAGGGUGGAGUGGAGAGAGCUUUGUACUGCUUCUGUGGAGAUAGCAAAAUGUGGAACUGUUCGGAAUGGCUUUUCUGCUGGCUAUGGGAGGACCUUCAUAUGGCUGAGAAGAGUGAACUGAUGACACAGCUGCAUGAUGCAAAGAAUUCAAUUGAGCAGCUAGUACAGGACAAGGGAGCUGAGAAGGUAGUCAAAGAGGAACUUGAGCAACUCAAGGAAUCAUCGGAAGAGAAAGACGGGCAUCUGGAGGAACUGAAAACACGUGAACAGAAACUAAAGGAAUCUGCAGAACAAUCUGAAGCUGAGCUUGUCCAAGCGUCUGCAAAGCCAGAGGAGCUUUCAGAGUCUCGUGAGAGCCCCUCUAAUGAGCAGGCAAAGACUUAUGAAGAGAAAUUAGCAAAGCUGCAGCAAAAACUGACGGAUCCUGAAGGUGAAAAACUGCAACUUGGUGAAGAGCUACCAAGAACUGAAUCCCAGCCAAAUGAAGUCAAGAGCGAGUUAGAGGCGUACAUCUCUCAGGUGCAUGACUUGAAGCAGCACUUGCAAGAGCAGAGCAUUGAAAAUGCACAAAAAGUAACCUCUCUAACACAACAAUAUGAAUGUCAACCUAAGGAUCUACAAAGAGAGGCUGAUGAGAUAAAAGGAAGCGUGACUGAGAAAGAAAAUGAAAUUGGACACAUGAAGAAGCUACACAACAAGCAAGUGGAAGAGCUUAAACAGAAACUGUUAGCUGCAGAGGAGAGAAUUACUGCUCUACGAGGAGAAUAUGAAAGUAAACUAAAGCAUCAGGAGAACAAAAUGGAGAAAAUUAAGCAGAAAUCAAAAAACAUGCAGGAAACUUUUGAAAAUAAACUUACUGAGCAGGAAGCUAAACUGAAAGUAGAGCUUGAAAACAAGCAGUUGGAAUUCAGCCAGAGAGAAAGCGAAUUCAAUGCUAAAAUACUGGAAAUGGCACGUGCCUGCUCAGCCAGCAUCAGUGAUGCUGUGUCAAAAGUGGAAUCUAAUCAGAAAGAGCAACUGGACAGUCUUGUUGAGGCUCAUAGGCGAGAGUUAGAAGAAGUUACCCGGAGUUGGGAAAAGAAACUCAGUCAGCAGGUUGAAGAGCUCCAAGAAAAACAUGAACUGGAACUGCAAGAAAGAGAGCAGGAAGUUGGAGACCUGAAACAGAAACUUGCUGCCUUCAGUGCUGAGAGGGAGAGCUCCAGAACAGAAGUAACCCGACUGAAGGAAGAAGAGGUGAAAAGGGAGGAGUCGCUGAAGGAAUUGCAAGAACAACUAAGGCAGUCAGAAGCUAAGGCGGAUGUUUUGUCAGAUAAGGAAAGUGAUCUGAAAACGCAGUUGAAAAAAUUAGAAGAUGAUCUUAAUCACUCCCUGAAAGAGAAGUCAAGACUUCAAGAACAGCUCAGUAAACAGAAAGCAGUUGAGGAAGAGGACAAAGCCAAAAUUACUGAGCUGGCCAAUACACUGCAAACACUUGAAGAGAAACUCCAGGCUAUGCAGUCUUCUCAGUAUAAAGAUCAUGAAAAUUAUAAGAAGAAAAUAGAAGCAAUUCAGCUAAAGAAAACUGAGCUUAAAAGGCAAGAAGGAGAACUUGCAGUCCGGUUAGAUUCUUAUUGGAAGAAUGCGGAAGCUUUAGUGCGAACAGAAAUCAAUGAAUUAAUUGAAAAAUGUAAUGCAAAAAUUGGCCGAGUAACAUGCAAAAAUGCAGACUGCGAGAACCGAACUGCAAAAGAUAAAGAAGCAGUAUUAGUUAAAAUGAGUAAGAUUCCUGAGCUGGAAGCUCAGCUUAGAGACGUAACAGAGCAUCAUUCUGUUGCAAGUACUUCUUUGCAAGAGUCAAAGCAACAGCUACAAGAGAAGGACAAUUUAAUUAUGUCCAUGAGAGCUGACACUGGAGGACUCAUAGCAGAAAAGGAACAAUUGCAGAAGGAGGGAGGGCAUCAGAAGCAAGCGGCGUCAGAAAAAGAAACUUGCAUAACACAGCUGAGGAAAGAGUUAUCUGAAAAUAUCAAUGCUGUCACCUCAAUGAGGGAGGAACUCCAGGAAAAGGAAUCCAAGAUCUCUGCUCUCAACAAAACAAUUGAUGACCUUAAUGUUAGACUUGAAAGCAUGAUAAGUUUAGCAGAGAAGGAAGCAGCCGUGAGUCUGUUAAACAGGCAACAUCAAGAGGAUCAGUUGCAAUUGUUAAACCAGAUAAAGGAGUUAUCGUCCAGAGUUGAGACGCUGACUCAAGAAAAAGCAUCUGCUCUUGAGCAGGUAGAUCAUUGCACAGCCAAGCUGUCGGAGUGGAAGAUGAAAGCACAAACCAAGUUUACCCAAAAUCACGAUACUAUUAUGGAUUUGCAGUGCAAACUUGAAUUAAGCAAUACUGAAGCCAAUAAAAAAGACGAAGAGCUAAAUAACUUGAAGGAGCAACUGGCUAAACAAAGCAAGAAUCUGGAUAGUUUAAAAAGUGAAUUGGAACAAAAGCAAAGCAGGACGGAAAAACAAGAAAGUGAGUUUUCUGCAAAGUUAAAAAAAGAAACAGCAAGAAUUGCUGAAUUAGAAGAACACAUUGCUCAGAAAACUUGUGAAAAUGAUUCCUUGAUGGAGGAACUUAAGAAGUACAAUGAACAAAAGGAAACGGAACAAAAAGAGAUAGCUUGGCAACUGCAGCAGGCAGAGAAGGUGGCUUUUGAGAAGGACAAUCGGUUAAAGGAGGCUGAAGAAAAAGUACUUAAUCUUGAGAAGCAGACAGUGUCACCGAGAGGUGAAUUUGAAGCAAAGGAGAGGGAAUUUGAUCAAAUGAAAUCAGCAAUGCUUAGAAGCAAAGAGGAAGAACUGAAAGAAUUAGAAGGGAAACUAAAUGCCAAGAAGAGUACGCAGCUGGCAGAUCUGGAAAAGAAAGCAGAGCAAAAAAUUGUUUCUAUUAAAAAGCGAUUGAUGUCUCAGAUGGAAGAAAGGGAACGGCAAUUUAAGCAGGACAGAGAAAAUCAGCUCAGAGACUUGGAAAAACAAGUGCCAGAGAAAGAGGCCAAAACUGAGUCUUUGGAAGAAAAAAUUAAGUCAACGAGAAAUUCCAUGGUACUGGAGAAAGAAAUGCUGCAAAAAGUAGAGAGUGUAAAAGCUGCUGUGGAAGAAGAAAAAAUGAAAAUGCUUGAGAACCUCCAACAGACAUAUGAAGAGAAAAUGCAGGUUUUACAGCGGGGCUUAACAGAAAAAGAUGAAUUGUUGCAAAAAUACGAAAAGAAACAAGAAGAGAGUAAGGUCAGUCACCUAGAACUGCAAAACAAACAGCAAGAGCUCCUUGAAAAAUUGGCAUGUCUUGAUAAGAGCCUGCAAGAGGAGCAAAGUAGGACUGAAAGCCUCAGGAAAGAACUUGAGCAGCAAGCCAAAAAAUACUCACUAUUAGUGGAGGAGCAUAUUCGUUGUGGCAGUGAUUUAGCAAGCACUAGGGAGGAAUUAAAAGCUAAAGAACAAACACUUCAUGGCAUAGAGGAUGUAAUUGGAGAUUACCAGCAAAAAAUGCAGGAAAAGGAGGCAUUCAGUCAGUCUUUAGAGCAGAAGCUAAAAGAGUUGGAAGAUGUAGUGAAGGAAAACAAAGCGCAGAAGAUUGCAAUGGAAGAAGAGAGAUUGAGAGAUGAGGAAAAGCUAAGAAGUUUACAGCAACAGUUGGAUGAAAGAAAUGACAAUCUGAAAACUUUUGAGGAGAAUGCUGAAGGAAAAGCUGCAUCUGUUUUGGAGCUGCAGAAGUUACUAAGCGAUAUGCAGAACCAGGAGAAGGACUUGCAGGCUAAAGUGAAAGAGACUGAAAGGGAGAAAAACAAACUACGCAAAGAAGUGAGUAAUCUUCAAAAAGAACAUCAGCAGGCGCUGCAGUUGGCAAAGGAGGAGUACUUAGAAGAAAUGAAGAAGAAAAUCAGAUGUGAACGAGAAGACAUUGAGUUAAAGCACAACUCCGCCUUAAAGCAGUUAAGGAGAGAGUUCAAUACUCAACUGGCUCAAAAAGAAAAAGAAAAGGAAAUGGCAGUAAAAGAGACGAUCAAUGCAAACCUUCACCAAACUGAUGUUUGCCUCUUUGGGGAGCCUGCUGAGUUUGAAUACCUGAGGAAAGUGCUCUUUGAAUACAUGAUGGGUCGUGAGAGAAAGACAAUGGCCAGGGUUAUAACAACACUGUUGAAGUUCUCAGCGGAUCAGACUCAGCAGAUACUAGAACAAGAAGAUGCUCGACCACAGUUUACCUCAUCUCACAGAGGUAUCUUCUGAAUAUCUCAUCUCUCCGUGCUUAAAUAGGAUGUGGGAAUGCUUGGCCUUUCAGCACGCUAAGGUGGAUGUCAUUCAGUCAGUGGAUAAGUAACUGCUGAAAGAAGAUCUUCAUAGCCAUGUUCUUGUUUACGUCCCGGAUGUUGUUCUUACCUUGCUUUUAGCACUUUGCAAUAAAUGAAACUUUUAAAUGAAAUAGGUGUUGCCUUU